AUGUCGACCCUCACCAGCGCCGACAUGGGCGAACUCAAGCGCCCGACCACGCGCGUCCACGCGCCUCCUGGCGGUGGGUCCACGUGGAGCUUCGGCGGCGACGCACCCGCUGCACCGCUUGACCAUCGACGCGUCAAGCCGUCCUCUGCACAGCAGCAGGUCCAGCCCGAUGUCCAGAUGCACUCUCCCCGUGCAGCUGCUACUGUUCCUGCUGCAGCAACUCCACCGCCAGUUGAUCCAGCGAAGGCGUCUAUGCGUGUGGCUUUGGUCAAGACGAGCAGCGACACCGAGAUCGUGGACCGUGUGGUGCAGAACUGCUUUGAGAAGCUCGAGGGCUCUUUUGUCCGCUCCGAGACGUUUACAGUGGCGUCGCUCGAGCAGCUGCCGUACGCCGCCAACAAGUUGACUGCGUUCGGAGGCUUUGACGCCGUCGUUUGCUUUGGCUUUCUCAACCCACAGGACGUGCAGUUCCACGCCGUGAGUGCGGCCUUGACGCAGAGCUUCAUGGACAUCAGUGUCAAGAACGCGCGGCCUGUCGUGCGUGCAGUGUUUGUUGGCGAGCCUCGUGUGGCAUCGGUCAAGGCGAAAGGAGGAUGGGGCGCUGAGUUCGCCGACGCUGUCGUGUCACUAGCUGAGCUCGUUGAGCUCAAGUAA